AAUGUGGCACAUGAAUGAAUACUGAAUUCUACAUUUUCGUGUUUCUUUGGUCAACUAAUAAUAGAUAGGUUAAGAAUAUUAUUAAUAGUUCAUAAGAUACACUUAUUAAUAUAAAUAUUAAUUAUUCAGUUUUAAAUUAACAGUAAUUUUAAAUGGAAUCUGAAGUGCCUAAUUCCACUGUAUCUUGGAGAAUACCUAAUAACUGGGCUGAUAUCACAGAUACUUUUCAUGAAGCAGUUACAGACUUAAAACUAGGAGAACUACUACACGAUGACUUAUUUGGACUAUUCGAAGCGAUGUCUGCGAUUGAAAUGAUGGAUCCGAAAAUGGAUGCUGGAAUGUUGUGCAACAGAGGAGUUAGAAAAAUGGUGUCUUUUGAUCAAGCUAUUCAAGACAAAAUUCUAAAAUUGGAUGGGUUUAGUGAACAAGAAAUUAUUGGUAUUACAGACAGCACACUCGCUUGUUUAGUAUCCUGGUUAGAAGGACAUUCGCUAGCUCAAACAGUUUUUAUAAAUUUAUAUCUUCACAAGCCAUAUAUGAUAGAAGACAGAGUGUUAAAAGCAUUUUGCCUUGCAGUGUAUAAACUAUUAGAAAUUAUAAAAGACCUUGUACAUAAAGCUAUGGUUUAUGAAGAGGAAGAUUUUCAACCGAUGCAAUAUGGUUAUCACUUAAAUCCGGAUAUAUCAGAGCAACGUAUGAUUGGAAUGUUGCGGGAAGUUGAGGAAGACCUGCAUAGAAAACUUAGAUCUAAACACACUGAUCAAACACAGGCUGUGUUUGCGAGAAUAAAGUUCAUAAGAGUUUUUCUCCAGGUGUUAAUCUCCUUCCGAAAGGAAGACCAACUACCUUGUAUCCCAGAGUGUCAACGACUAUUAACUACUUCUAACGACAUGUUGUAUAUCGUACAGGACACCGUUUACUUGGGGAUAAAAAACAAUGACGACAAUGAACAUAUUGUGGGAUUUGAACCUUCUAUUAAUCAACGUUUAUUGCCCCCUACUUUUCCAAGAUACACAAAAAUAAAAUCAAGAUCAGAAGCCGUGAUUUAUUUCAUAGAGAUGGUCGAACGAUUUAAAAUAGUUUGCAAGAUUCAGUCAAUCAUUUCGCUACACCAUGCACUGGACUUCUUCAUUGAAUUUAGCAAAUCGAGCCCUUGCAUACUGUCUAGAUCUGCUUUGCAGUUGCUUUAUACGGGAACGAGUCCAAAUAAUCUGAAAGACAUUUUGAGGGAAGCUGUGAAGUCAUUCAUUUGUCCGCCAGCCUUGCUGUCGAAAACCCUUUUAGGAAAUCCACAGGCAAAACAUUAUGUAGAUACGUUUUUGUCUCAUUGCUCAAGACCUUUCACAAAUUUUUUACAACUAUGUGGUCACAAUAGGGCAAGGCAAAGGGACAAAUUGGCACAUCUGUUGGAAGAAUUUACAACCCUUCAAGAUGAGGCAGAAAGGGUAGAUGCAUACCUACACAAUCUUUCUGUGAGUUCUCCACUAUCGAGGCCCCACAUAGCUUGUUUUGGAACGUGGGUUUUAUAUCACACUUUACGAAUAAUGAUAAUGUACCUCUUGGCUGGAUUCGAACUGGAAUUAUACAGCGUACACGAGUUCUAUUAUAUUUACUGGUAUCUGUAUGAAUUUCUCUAUGGGUGGCUUAUAUCAGCAUUAUCUCGAGCCGACAGCUUUUUGGUGGAAAACGAAAUACUGAAUGAACUACAGAAAAACAAAGGCGCUUCAAAAAAAAAACCGAAGUAUAAAAAAAAGCCUAGACCUUACAAUAGAGACAUUAUCUAUUUACAAGCACUUCAAAAUAUGUGUGGAGGAUACUACAAGGCUUUGAUGGGUUUCCGUUUAGAAGGCAAAUUAAGUGUGCCACAUCCGCGUUUUGACAGUGAGCAAGUCCGAUACGAACACAGAUUCGCUCCGUUUCAAAAUUUGCUUACUCCGCCACCAGUAGUUUAUUCAGAAUUCAGAGAUAUGACUUCGUUUCAGAGGUUUCCACAGCAACCUGUCGACAGUGUAUUUCUUUAUAUCGCCGGUUGUAAACAUUUUCAUCAAGCUAGGCAGUUAUUAGAAAGUGUACCCUUGGACCAUGAAAUUUCGGAACUUUUAAAGAUUUGCAAAACUAAUUUUAUCGUUCUGAAGUUACUGGCUGGCGGUCAUAAGAAAGAUUCAGUGAAGCCGCCCGAAUUCGACUUCUCUAGUAAUAAAUAUUUUUCAAUAAUUAAAUUAAAUUAGAGGUCUAUACACUCGAUUUAUUUUACGGCAAUUGCCUCACUUCUAUUACAAAAAAAUGUGGCUGAAUCUUUUGGGUUACAUACCAACUUUAUAAUUUUAUUAUGUAUGACUAAAAAAAUUAAAAACUGUACGCGAUGGAAUAGGAAAAGUGGAUGUAGCAUGUGAUUUUUUCAGUACUGUAGAUCACUAUGUUUUUCAAGAACGAAACGAAAACUAAUGUAUAAGACUAAAUAUUGUCUAAUACUUUUCUAAACUACUUCAUCACCUCAUGAAAAAUGGAUCUUUUGCGAAACAAACUAAAUAUAAAGUCCAAUAAUUUUUUCUUUUUAUUAUACCUUUUUAAAUUUUUUCAUGUAAUAGGUAACCGUAAACUCUAGUCAGACAAUUUUUGUUUAAAAUUAUUUUCAAAAAUAAAAAAUGUAUUUUUAUUUUUAAUUAUUUAAAAUUAAUUUUAUUGAUUGAAAUUUAAAAAAUAUCCUUAGUUGUUGACUAUACUUAGACAAUGUUUAUUUAAGUUUUUAGAAUUUUACAAAGCAUCUUUAUUUAGUUCUCCAAGGUGAAAAAAUGAUCUCUGUGAUUUUUUGCUUACCUAUAUUGUGGAAUAAAUUUUUAUAUAGCUACGACCUGUAGUAAUUAUGUUG